CUCCAAGCCCUUCUCCCCCUUUUCCGCUCCCUGUUCCUCGGAAGCGGCCCUGGGAAAAGGGAGAAGGCAGGCUGCAGCUGGCCGCAGCCUCCAAUCGGCCAGAGCCAGGAACCCAGGUGGGAUCAAGAAUCUCAGACCCAGGAUGUUGACAACAUUGUUGCCACUGCUGCCUCUACUGCUCCUGCCGGGCUGGGCCCUCUGCAGCCAGGAAGCCUCAGACGGCCCUCGGAACCUCCACAUGCUCCAGAUCUCCUACUUCCUCGACCCCAAUCAAGUGUGGCACCAGGGGAACGCAUCGCUGGGGGGGCUGCAGACGCACAUGCUGGAAGGCCCGGGCACCAACGUCACGAUCCUCCAGCUGCAGCCCUUGCAGGACCCCGAGAGCUGGGCGCUCACAGAGAGGGGGCUGCAGCUCUACCUGAGCCAAUUCUCCGGCUUUGUGCAGCUGGUGCACCGGGAGCGGCACGUGGCCUUUCCUCUGACCAUUCGCUGCUUCCUGGGCUGUGAACUGCCUCCUGAGAGCUCUCAAGCCCAUGUCUUCUUCGAAGUGGCUGUGAAUGGAAGCUCCUUUGUGAGUUUCCAACCAAAGACAGCCUCAUGGGUGGCAGGGUCCCAGGCACCCUCCAAAGUGGUCACCUACACCCUGCAGAAGCUCAACACCUUCAAUCAGACGAGCUAUGAACUGCUGGAAUUCCUGCAGGACACCUGUGUGCAGUAUGUGCAGGAACACCUCGCCGUGAAGAACUUGAAAGGGAGCCAAACAGGCCGCUCCUACACUUCGCUGGUCCUAGGCGUCCUGGUGGGCAGUUUCAUCAUCGCUGGUGUGGCUGUAGGCAUCUUCCUGUGCACAGGUGGACGGCGGUGUUAAUUACUCUCCAGCCGCCUCUGAAAAAGGGCUGGACCGAUGGGGGGCUGGCAAAGGAAGAUCGCAGCUCACUGCAAAACCAGACUCCCCAUCUGGGACCUUAUAUACCAGCAGAUUUGGAGUGGCAACUCCUUUCUUCUCCCAGAUCUGUCCACCAAGAGUUUGGGGGAAGGGAGGUGAGGAAGCUAGGUAGACAGAGUACUUGGUUUGCUAAGAACCUAAGAACUUGCACACUUUGCUGAAUUGGUCUGAGAAGUGAAUGCUUAUCUCUUUGUGGAAAACAGAUGAUGGAGUUGGGGCAGGGGAAUCUAUGGCCUUCUGUCCAAAGACAGAAUCACCUGAGGCAUUCAAAACACAUAACCAAAUAAAACAAGUCAUCCACAACCAAAAUAAACAAUUCAGUGCUUCCAGGUGUGUCCGACUUGGGAAGGGAUACUGGUAAAAGAGAGGUAGAAAGAAAUAACCAGAGAAAUGAUGGAAGUGUAAAAUCCAAGUCAUAUGGGGGCCAGGAGUUAUUAAUCAAUUAACAAUAAUAAUAAAUUCCUUACUUAUGUAUAA